AUGGCGGCUCAGGAGGCUGAGCUAGUGGCCUUAAGGGCUUCGAGAGCCAGGGUGGACACCCUGGAUACCGAACUGGGACUUGUUGAGCCCAGAGGGCAUGAGCCAAGCAGCUCAUCCAGAGGCCUUGUGGACACAAGGCAGCUCGGAAAGCCGGAAAAGUUUAAUGGCGAGCCAGCGACCUUCGAAGACUGGAGCUUCGUGUUUGAAGCAUACAUGUCCUGUGUGGACAGAAAGUAUGUGGAGCUCUUCGAAAAGGUCCGCUUCAGCGACGUGCCAUGGUUCAACAGGACCAUGAGCAGUACAGAGCACGAACUGAGCGUGCAACUGUACUACACGCUGGCCAUGCUCCUCCAAGGGAGGGCGCUGGAUAUAUGCCAGACUUCUGGCUUGGGAGAAGGGUUUGAGACCUACAGGAAAUUGGUGGCAGAAUAUAAGCCACGAAUGGCGUCGCGCUUUGUGGGUACCUUGACCCACCUGCUCUCCACAAAGUUUACCACGGACGUGGAAGCUGACAUCCCUGCAUUCGAAAAGAUGACCAGGAGGUAUGAGCAGGAGACCGGCGCGCCAUUGGAUGACCAAAUCAAAGUUGGCAUCGUCAUGAAUGCGGUAACGGACCCAGGGCUGAGGGACCACCUGAUCCGCAACUCGGUCCGCCUUAAGACCUACUCCGCCCUCAAAGAAGAGCUGCUGGAGGUAGCUCGCACCAGUAGGGUGCUGAACAGUUCCCCGACACCGAUGGACAUCGGCGCUGACCCCGACUACGUGGCAGCGCUGACGCUGGAGGCCAGCCAAGGGCUGUGGACGCAGAAGAAAUGGAAGAUGGAGGAGAAGCGGGAGGCCCCGCUGCCUCCAGUGCGGGUG